AUGACGGGCGGACGGUUCGACUUUGACGAUGGUGGCACAUAUUGCGGUGGCUGGGAGGAUGGGAAAGCCCAUGGGCAUGGCGUCUGUACCGGGCCCAAGGGCCAAGGCGAAUACUCCGGGUCCUGGAACAAUGGUUUCGAGGUAGUGGGGGUUUACACCUGGCCCAGUGGAAACGUGUAUCAGGGCUACUGGGCACAGGGGAAACGACACGGACUCGGUGUGGAAUCGAAGGGAAGAUGGAUUUAUCGUGGCGAAUGGACUCAUGGAUUGAAAGGUAGAUACGGGGUCCGGCAAAGUCUCCACACGCCUGCCAGAUACGAUGGGACGUGGAGUAAUGGUCUACAAGAUGGAUAUGGAGUUGAAACGUAUGGUGAUGGAGGUACAUACCAGGGGCAAUGGACAGGAGGAAUGCGACACGGAUACGGUGUGAGACAAAGUGUGCCUUACGGGAUGGCUACGGUUAUUCGUUCGCCUCUCCGAACCUCUCUGGCCUCGCUCCGCAGCGAACAGAGCAACGGCACCGUCCUCCAUGCCAACCUUGACCUGUCAGACAGCCCUGCCGGCAUCAGAGGAGGCUUUGUUCUCAACUUCCACAGUGAAGGCGAAGGUGAGAAGAAAAAGGGCCUGUUUCGUAGAGGGUCCCUGUUCGGAAGCCUCAGAAACCUCCGAAAGUCAGACUCCAGGUCGUCCAUAUCGAGCAAACGCAGCUCUGCCCCCAGUGAUGCCGCCAGCUCCAUCAGCCGAAUCAGCUCCAGUGAUGCCAACUCCACCAUCAGCUUUGGAGAUGGAGUUGAUGAGUACAUGCCCCUGGAGGACAAUGUAGACGCCACCACCACAGAGUCCUACAUGGGGGAGUGGAAGAAUGACAAGCGGAACGGCUUUGGUGUCAGCGAGCGUACCAACGGGAUGAAGUAUGAGGGUGAGUGGAUGAACAACAAACGCCAUGGCUACGGAUGCACAAUGUUCCCAGACGGCAUCAAAGAAGAGGGGAAGUAUAAAAACAAUGUGUUGGCGCGAGGCAUCAAGAAGCAGCUCAUUCCUCUCAAAAACACCAAAACCAAACAGAAAGUGGAUCGGGCUGUGGAAGGAGCCAUACGGGCAGCAGCUAUUGCCAGAACAAAAGUAGAAAUAGCCACAUCAAGAACAGCUCACGCCAGGACUAAAGGUGACGCUGCUGACAAGGCCGGUCAGUCAGCCAGUCAGGACUCCGACAUCGCCAGGGCAGUGGCCAGGGAACUCUCCCCCAACUUCCAUCAGCCAGGCCCUGAUUAUAUAAAGCAGAGGUUCAACGAACCGAUUGAACCUAUUGUUCAAGAGGAGAAGAAAGAAAAGACCCCUUCAAGUAGCCCUCAUUUCUACCGUAAAGGCACAACCCCAGACAACUCUCCCACCGCGAGUCCACAGUCAUCUCCCCCACCAACACCCCCGUCAACACAUACCCCGGAGCCCAAGAAGAGCUUCUUCAGCAAGCUCGCCCCCAAGCCAGGGAAAGAGAACAAGACCCCCGCAGCAGAGAGCCAGCUCCCGGUCAUCACAAAGGCAGUGUCUAAGACAUCGUUGAAACAGGAAGUAAGACAGGAAUUGCCUCAACCGAAACCGUUCAAAAUGGAGGAGUCGGUCCCCGCCAGCCCUGGCAAUGGACAGCUGCACACUGACACUGAGUACCACGGCUACUACGUGAAGGCAGACGUGAAGUUCCCUCAAGACGAACCUGAGGACAUAGAUGAGCAUGUUACCCCGUCCGCCCUCACCCGGAUGCCACCGCCAGCAAAACCUAUGGCGCAGUACAGGACACCCACCCCAAAACCUAUAGCGCCAAAGUCGGUAUCCAAAGAAAGCAAACCUGAAUCAAGACUUAAGAAACUAGAUUCGUAUAAGCCAAGAAGUCUAGCAGAAACUAGGAAACAAGCCAGCUUGGAGAUCACCACGGAUUUCGUAGAGGAAGAGUCAGGUCCAAACUCAAUACUGGUUGCCCUUGUAAUGCUGUUGAAUAUUGGUCUAGCAAUUAUUUUUGUCCAUUUUUUAACCUGACAGAAU